CUCUGCGGUCUGCAGUGGAUAUGGCGUCACUGAAAAGUGUAGGAGUCGAGAAACUUCACCCAUGUAAAUAACGUCAAGAAGAAAGCUGCGUGACAAGCUGGAGGUAGCGAUACGCAGCAGUACAUAGCUAUAAUAACCACCUCACUAACCAUGCCGCGGAAAAAGCCAUUUAGCAACAAACAGAAGAAGAAACAGCUACAAGUCAAACGGGACAGAAAGAGAGGUGACACGGGCUCAGGGCCGAACAGCCGCAAUGCCAGCGUGGAGCGAGGAGGGGAGAGACAGUCGGACACCUCAGACAGUGAGACCACUGAUGUUAGGAGAAUAAAUCAGCAGCCAUCCGGCAGAGACGUUAGGCAUGACCCAAACAGGUAUCGACUGCAUUUUGAGAGAGAGAGUAAAGAAGAUGUGGAAAAGGGGAAGAAGUUGGCCAGGGAGAAGGUACUGCAGCCAAUCUCGGAUAAGGAACUUGAGGUUAACAUCAAUGACAUCUUCCCCUCAGAUAAAGGUCUUGGUUUUCCACAACGGCCGGCUUGGAGUUAUGAGAUGACCCGGGAGAAUCUGCUUCGGAAAGAGGAGAAGUCAUACAGAGAAUAUCUGGACAACCUGCACGCCAAAAACGCAGCUGGGUCUCUCAGCCAUUUUGAGCACAAUCUGGAGACAUGGAGGCAGCUAUGGAGAGUGUUGGAGAUGUCAGAUAUCAUCCUGCUCAUUGUGGACAUCAGACACCCGGUGCUGCAGUUCCCCCCAACUGUAUAUCACUACAUCACAGGAGAUCUCCAGAAGCAGGUGAUCCUGGUGUUGAACAAAGCCGACUUGUGUCCUCCUCCUCUGGUGAUCGCCUGGAAACACUACCUGACAUCACAGUUCCCCCAGCUGCAUAUAGUCUGCUUCACCUCCCACCCGGGGCAGCCCUACAGCACAGUUCUCCAGAAGAAGAGGAUGAGAAAGAAGGCUGACUGGAGUCACGCUGGUGGUCCUUUAGACAUCCUGAAGGCCUGUCAGGAGAUCACAGCUGGGAGAGUUGACUUAUCCAGCUGGGAGCAGAAAAUUAAGAAGGAUGCUGUUGCUGAGCAACUGGAUGGGGAGGGGCCUGAUGAAGGAGCGGAGUAUCAGAUGCGGAUGGAGCAUCAGAGUGACAGGGCUAUGGACAUGGACAACCUUUCCCGAGAGCUCUACAAAGAUGGCGUUCUCACACUGGGCUGCAUAGGCUUUCCGAAUGUCGGCAAGUCAUCUGUUCUAAACAGCCUGGUGGCGAGGAAGGUGGUGAGCGUGUCUCGAACCCCAGGACACACCAAAUACUUCCAGACCUACUACCUCACCCCGACAGUCAAACUCUGUGACUGUCCUGGGCUGGUUUUUCCUUCCCUCGUGAACAAACAGUUGCAGAUUCUGGCCGGUAUCUACCCAGUGUCUCAGCUGCAGGAGCCCUACAGCUCAGUAGGUUAUUUGUGCGCAAGGACCCCUUUCCUCUCAGUGCUGAAACUGAGACAUCCCAGCUUAAUGGAUAAUAAACCCCAUCAGAGAAACGAGGGGUCUGAGAACCUCAGCUGGACUGCAUGGGAUGUGUGUGAAGCAUGGGCGGAGAGGAGAGGCUACAAGACGGCAAAAGCAGCUCGCAACGAUGUUUACCGCGCAGCUAACAGUCUGCUCAGGUUGGCAAUUGAUGGCAGGUUGUGCCUCUGCCUGAGACCACCCGGUUACAGCUGCUUGAGUGAGCACUGGGAAAAUCACCCAGAUUUGUCAGAGAUCAUUGCUCUGCAAGGAAGGACCGCAGCGGAGGGAGAUGUAGACCGAGACGACGACGAUGACGACGAUGACGGAGAGUCCAGUACGGAACCAGAGGAAGAGAGAGACCGGGACGCGGACGAUGAUGAGGAUGGAGACGAUGAAGACGAAGGCCUUGGACAACCAAGGCAGAAGGAAGAUAAGCCGUCUGGUUUCACUGUCAACAUGUACAAUGUCCUCCGUGAAAAUGAGUGUGAGUGAUAACGGAGGGAAAGACCUGCAGGGAGACACGCGUUGUUCCUCUUCCCUGACUCCCCCCGUUAAUCCCAGUACACGUUUCAUUACUUUUUCUUUUUUGCAUCUCCACUCCUUGUUUCAUUACCUGUACUUCAACAUGAUGUACAGUACCAGUCAAAAGUUUGGACACACUUUCUCAUUCAUUAAUUGAGAAGGUAGUCCAAAUGUUUGACUGAUACUGUAGUUUAAAUUCAAUCACCCGGUCUCCCUCUGCUUACGGUGUUCAGAGCACAUGAAUGCUGUGCCUCCGCUCUGCUCCUUCCUCCAUGGCGUUUGUCCUUUAGUGUUGCUUCUACGAGUAGGUUUGAUUUAGUGUCUUUCUUUGCAUGUAGCUCUCAGAAGCAAGUGAACAAAGUAACUUCCCUCAGCCCGUAAUAAUAAACCAACUGGUUUUAAAUGUCUUCAUUUGCAAGUGACUCGACAGCUGAGAUGCCAAAGAGGAUGACAAAAAGUAGAUGCACUGUCGAUAUGAGGUCAUUCACUGAAUUAGCCAUUUGGCUCUCAGAGCAGCUGGAAAUUUAGGCCCAAGACUCUAAAUCUUCUUUAUAGACCAUAGCUUCACAACUGUGGUUACAGGGUGUGGGAUCUGAGAGAUUUUAGGCCAUAAAAGUGGACAAAUAAAAGUAUUACGGCCCUUUGAGGUUAAUUUAUUUGAACUUGGUUUUCAUUUAAGACUGACAUCUUAUUUGGUGUGGUUCUACAGUCUGCUGGAAUUUUCAAAGCGUGUGUGUUGAGUGGGGGAGGGGGAGGGAGGGGUGAAUCGUGUAUUGCUGGACGAGGCGGUUUCAGGAAGUUGACUCGUAGUGUUUUAACUACUACAGAUAUUACCCUUCGAUGCUGAUGGAGCUCCACUGUAUUUAGUACGGGACUUUGGGGACACGCUAAAACAAGAUCAUAUGUUCAUGGCAGUGCAGCGGGUUCCAACCAAAAAUGCUUAGCCAUCAAUGACAGGGUUGUUUGGACAUCCUGGGAAAUCCAUUCGCCCUUCCAAGAAGCAGAGGACCAGUUUGAUGAAGUUAUUUACCAGCUUUGCUUAGCACAAAGACGAAGAGGGGUGAAACGGCUCAUUAUCACAUUAUUAUUAUUGUUAUUAUUAUUAUUAGUUUAAGCCCAAAAAAUAGUCCAGUAAUUCCAUAUAAAUCAAAACAAGCUGUAAGGCGUUAGUGAGUUUUGAAUAUGCUUAUUUAUUUACAAUGCAGAUGGGUGUUAUGAAUCGUUUCACCUGACUCUGCAUUGAAGUGAAGAAGCGAAACGUUGAACUUCCUUUCACCACCCAGAAAGAGAGAUUAGUCAACUUUGCGUCCAUCUGCCCGUCAUUACAAAUAACAUUGCACACUCCAUCUGCGUCCUCGCUAACUGUAACUUUUACACAGGGCUCAACUCCAAGGUCAGAUCCCUUAAUGCAGACUGUUCUGUGUUUGUUAAUGCCCAGUUUUCAUCUCAUUUUCUGUUGAAACUAGAUGCAUUUGGCAUUUUAUUUUGCUGUUGACCGGCCCCUCACUCUCUCAUUCUGUGUGAUGGUUCCGCUGCAAUCCUGAGUGCUGUAAUAUUGUGUGCUGCUGUCGUACCUCAUUCAUGUGUUCACCGAAGGAACUCUACAGCACCGUGCUGUGUUACUGUGUAAUGCAUCACACUGCAGCCCCCUGCAGUCAUUUCUACCAUCGGUACAGUGUACAAGCAGACCCUCAACACUACCAUGCUGUUAGGAGCACGGCAGUCUUUUACUUGUGCCGACGGGAAAUUAUUUUUGUUGGAAAUAUUCAAACUGACAGCCUCUAGUUUGAAGGAUUGAGGUGUUUUCAGGCUAUUUGCUGCAUUCCUCAUUUCAUUCCUCGUAGACCUAAUGAUGACUUGACUGCUUCCUGCAAUAAAAGAACAAUUCAUCUAAAAACAA